UCCAUUAAACAGGCCGAACACAGCGAAACAGUAAGGCCUGCAUAUAAAUAUAUCGAAGAAGCCGUGCCCGUAGAGGUCUGGAAAGCCAAGACAACGCCAUGGAAGUUCAGAAGAAGAAGGUGGUGAUGAGUCUUUUUCUUUUUACCUUCUUCUUAUACGAGUCUGGCGUGAGAGCUUGGACUGGUGAAAUCCAUGGACGAGUUGUCUGUGACGUCUGUAGUGAUUCCUCCAUUGGACCCGAAGAUCAUGUUCUUGAAGGUGCUGAGGUAGCUGUUCUUUGCAUCACAAAAUCCGGAGAAGUCUUAAAUUAUCAGGCAUUCACCAACGCUAAGGGGAUUUACACAGUGGCUGAGACAAUGCCUGAGAGUGACCGCUGGGAUGCGUGCCUGGCACGGCCUAUCAGCAGUUUCCAUGAACACUGUACCCAUCUUGGUGAUGGUAGCUCAGGAAUCAAGUUCAGUUAUAAUCAUCUGUCGGGUUACUCUCACACAGUCAGAACCUUCGUUUAUAGACCUGCCACUGUGCCAACUUACUGCAUUUGAAAUACUGAUGGUCGGUGUCGUGUUCCUACAUGCUUGAACUUGAAAGGAAAUCGAGAUAUAGAUCGCUGGUGUCUACCAUGAAUAUGUGAUUAUGUAAUGACCAUCUUGAUCUAAUAUGCUUUUCUGGAACCAGGUAGAUCAUGUGAGUGUAUUUAUGCUUGUUGUCAUAAUUAUAAACCCAAACUUUUGCUUAUAAUGUUAUACUAGAACCAGCCUAAAAAUGUCAGGCUUGUGUUGUC